AGUACACUUUCACAUUUUUGAAUCCAUUUUUCGAUCACUUGGUGUUUGGUAAUUAAUCUCAUAGUUUUGGUCAUUUUCAACGAAAAUUAAUGCUAAGAAGAGGUAGGAAUUCACCAAGAUGUCGAAAGGCUGGAUCCGUUCCUGUUUAUCUUAAUGUGUAUGAUAUCACUUCCAUGAAUGGUUGUACUUAUUGGCUUGGCCUUGGUGCCUACCAUUCGGGCGUUCAAGUGCAUGGAGUUGAGUUUGCAUUUGGAUCUCAUGACCAUGCGACGACUGGAAUCUUUGAAGGAAAACCGAAACAAUUUGAAGGAUUUGUGUUUAGGAAACAAAUUAUGAUCGGAUGGACGGAUAUGAAUCUAAGGGAGGUGAGAAGAUUCAUGGAACAAUUUGCUGAAAACUACAAAGGAAUUUCGUAUAACAUGAUCACUAGAAACUGCAAUCACUUUUGUAACGAAGCUUGUCUUAGACUCACCGGAAACCCUAUUCCAAGUUGGGUUAAUCGUCUUGCUAGAAUCGGUUUAUUGUGUAAUUGUAUAAUUCCUACAAGUAUAAGUUCGUGUAAAGUUGGAAUUGAAGACAACGUGUGUAAUGAAGAAGAGAAAGCUGAACUAUGGAAGCGUUCAAGUAGGUUCACCUCAUCUUCAAGUUCUACAUCAUCGUCUGAAAGAUCAACUGUGGCAUCAACUACUAUUGAUUUAAGGAGAAGCUUUGGAACAAGAAGUUUUGUUCCCCCGUCUUCACCAUUUCUUCUCGACUGUUCAUAUUCUUCAUCUUAGUUCUACCAUAUUAAUUCAAGUCGAAUUUUCAAUCUUACUAAGUGUAGUUUUCCUUUUUCUCUAGCAAGGAAAAAUGAAUAAAACUUCAUGUAACGACAAUGUUAUUGCAAUCAGAGUUUGGUAGCAAAGGUCUCAUGAGGCGAGACCUCAAUGGCUUGAAUUACCUGCC